GUAUAAAAGAUUUAAUUUAAGCAAAACAGCAACUGCAACGCGUAGAUCAGAACACGUGCCGCAUUUUAAGAGGCAACAAACAAGCGCCAGGAAGCAAAACAAACCCAGGAAGAACGUGACCAAAGCAACUGCAACACCGUGUAUUUGUGUUUUUGCCCAAAACCCAGGGAAGAAAAACGGAAAACACAACGAGCAAAAAGUUAUUAAUGUAUUGUUGGAGCAGCGUCAGCGUCGCCAGCAGAUAAAGAUACUUGAAGCGUAUAACUGAUAACCACCAGCCCCUGGAACACCCCGCCCCAAAAAGCAACAACAUCAGUUAGUCAGGGAGCCAGCACAGUUAAGAUGGGACAAACGUUGUCGGAGCCGGUCACAGCAAAAGAAUCAUCAUAUUGUCGCAACGAUCAAUAUCGUGUCGGCAGCAGUUGCAUGCAAGGAUGGCGCAUCAAUAUGGAGGAUUCACACACACACAUCUUAUCGCUGCCCGGUGAUCCGGGCACAGCGUUCUUUGCCGUCUAUGAUGGCCAUGGCGGAGCCACAGUUGCCCAAUAUGCGGGCAAGCAUUUACACAAAUUUGUUAUAAAGCGACCCGAAUAUAAUACCAACGACAUUGCCAAGGCCCUCAAACAGGCAUUUCUCGAUAUCGAUUAUGAAAUGCAACAUAACGAACCGUGUGGCGAACAAAUGGCCGGUUCAACGGCCGUCGUUGUGCUCGUCAAGGAUAAUAUGCUUUAUUGUGCCAAUGCUGGAGAUUCACGUGCCAUUGCCAGCAUAAAUGGCCAGCUGGAAACACUCUCCGUGGACCACAAGCCCAACAACGAGGCGGAAUCGAAGCGCAUCAUUGAGGGCGGCGGCUGGGUGGAAUUCAAUCGUGUUAAUGGCAAUCUUGCCCUCUCCCGUGCACUUGGCGACUUUGUGUUCAAGCGCGCGAACAAAAAGCCGGAAGACCAAAUAGUCACAGCCUACCCGGAUGUGGAGACACGCCAAGUGCAACAGGAUUGGGAAUUCAUUGUGCUCGCCUGCGAUGGCAUUUGGGAUGUCAUGAGCAAUGAGGAAGUGCUGCAAUUCUGUCGCACACGCAUCGGCCUCGGUAUGCAGCCGGAGGAGAUCUGUGAAGAGCUGAUGAAUCAUUGCCUGGCGCCCGAUUGCCAAAUGGGUGGUUUGGGUGGCGAUAAUAUGACUGUCGUUUUGGUUUGCCUGCUGCACGAUAAGCCCUACAGUGAUUUGGUGCAACGUUGUGCGGGCACGAGUCAACAGCAGCAACAACAACAACAGUCUUCGCAUGCUCCAGAUACGGAAACCGAAACAGAGACAACAGCAGCACCAACACCAACAGCAGUAGAAACAACAACAGAAGCAACACCCGCUGAUACGGAUACCAAUAAAAGUGAUGCGCCUGCCAUGGAACUGUAAAACAAAUCAAGCAAAUAAAUCCUGUGCCGAUUAGAGUAGCAAAUGUGGAACCGGAAAUGAAAUUCGCUGCUGGCAGCACACACAUACACACACACACACAACAACACUACCACAUGUCCCGUUCCCGAAUGCAAUUCCUUUUUGAUAUUGAUUUCAAUAUACGCAAUUUGUUAUUGUCCCUAAAAA